ACAUUGACAAGUAGCGACAUGGCCAUUAAGACGUAACACCAUUUUCCAUGACGAUCGAAGACACCGACGCACUCUAGCCAAAACUUGCAGUAGUACAUAUACUUGUUCAUCGCGUCUCGUCGUAUCUGCGGCAAUAGUAUCCACGCAGGCACCGGAGAAAGCUGCAGUCAAGUGAUAAAGCCGCAAAGUAACUUCGUUUUCUCGUAAAGAAAUUACCCUGAAUUACAAGUGCAAACUAGAAAUUAUUGGAAAACUUAGCCGGUAGUUACGCAAUUAUUUUCGCCCUUUCUAGAGCACGGACACAAUCGCGUAAACUAGCUCUGUGUGAAUAGUCAUUUGCGUAGGUAUGCCAAGAUGUGGUGCGGGUGAGUAAAGACUGGCAGAGAGACCUAACAGGUGCACUUGAGACUUUUUCAACAAGACCAGUCGUUAGUUGGCGUUGUAGGAAUUAACUUUCGAAAAGUUUUUUUCAUGCUUGCUCUAACGGUUGUUGUAUAUAUGUUCGGUAAUGUGAACUUGCAGAAUUCCACAUAAUUUUUUGCAUCGGCGAUGCAUUUACGAUUCAGGCUACGUAUACAGUUGUGUACCAAGUGAGACAUGUCUUGCAAAUUGAAUCAUACAUUUUCAUGCCCUAUGCGAUUUAUGCAGUGCAACUCGAGGAGAGCCGGACGUGUUCGGAGAAUACAUCUGCAUGACAGUUAUGCCGAUGGAACCGCAGAAUAUCGAGUAGCCGGUCAAACCAGUUGAUAUAUUUUUCAAACGAUCUUCAAUGGAUCGAUUUCAAACCCCGCAAGUGCGAUCCUAUUACUUUGAGCCUCGCUCACGAGUCACUUCUGGUCCAGAAGUUCGUCAGAAUGGAGCGAUGGGUUUCCAAAGUGGCGGUCGUAACGGGGGCGAGUUCCGGCAUCGGGGCUUCCGUUGUCCAGGAGCUGGUCCGUCAAGGAAUGGUAGUCGUCGGGCUCGCGAGGAGGAAGGAAAAGGUCGAAAGGCUUGCGGAUGCGCUAAUCGAAUUCCCGGGUAAACUUCACUCCGUGGAAUGCGACGUCUCCAAAGAGGAAAGCGUCCUCGCAGCGUUUGCCUGGAUCCGGGAGGAACUUGGAACCGUCGAUGUCCUGGUGAACAAUGCCGGGAUCGCGAAGGAAACGACGCUGACUGAGGGUUCCCUGGAGGAAUGGCGGGCCGUAUUCGACGUUAACGUCUUUGGCCUCUGUCUCUGUACCAGAGAAGCUGUGCGGUUAAUGCGCGAGGGUGACGUCGAGGGACUUGUUGUCCAUGUAAACAGCCUCGCCGGGGAACGUGUCCCUGCGGUACCUGGAUUCGGCGUUUAUCCAGGGUCUAAGCGCGCCCUUACCGCCAUGGCGGAAACUCUGCGCCACGAAUUAAGAGCCACGAAGAUUCGGGUCACGUGCGUCAGUCCUGGUUUGGUAGCGACGGGGUUACUGUCCGGUUACUCAGCUUUUUCUGAAGAAGCUUUGGCAGCCAUGCCUGCUCUUCGACCCGAUGACGUAGCGGCGGCAAUUGUCUACGUAUUAUCGACACCGCCUCACGUACAGGUGCAAGAUAUUUCGCUCCGUCCGUUUGGCGAAUCUUGGUAAACUAAUGCAGUCUGAUGCAAUCACAGGGAGUUUUCAAGUUUGAUUCUUUGAAUCUAAUACCGAACGUGGUCAGAUAGCAAAAGUGAUUUAUUGUGGUCGUAGCAAGCAUUGUUUAACUAACGCAGAUGUAAUAUAAAUCGAUUUCUUAACCAAACAAUUUAAUUGUAGGCUGAUAAUAAUUGCGGUUGUGGUAUUUCGCUUUGGAAAAGUUUUAUGAUUCUUUGAAGUUCCUAUCAAUAAACCAUGCAGGCAUAUUAUAA